AUAAAAAGAGAAAAAAGAUUGCAUAUUUCGCAGAUCCUUCGCAGCGUCAGUACAUAAAUGUUGCGACUGUGGCUGCAAAGCAGUCAGUUUUUGUAAAGACUUCAUAGUGUACGCACUUACCUGCCGCGCUGCCACACGGCUAUUUCACAAGAAUUUUGAAUUGCUUCUUCUUUAGUGUAUUUUUCUUCCAUUACGCUGCGCGUUUCGUGAAUAUGUCAAUUACGAAUAUUUAGUGCAAAAAUAAAUUUUUAAAAAGUGAGAGUAAAAACAAAUUGUGUGCAAAUUAAAAUUAAAAGAAAAAUGUCUGCACUAAAAAUUCCAUAUCCCCCACAUACUUAUUCUCGUCUCUUCCGUCCCUGGGAUACGACACAACGUACAACACCACUAGCUCAAGCAGCAGCAGUACAAGAAGCUGAUCAGGCGCAAGCUCACCUCCAAGAUGAACGCAUUGCCGUCAUCGCCGAGGAGGUGAACAACCCCUCUGAACCCCAAAAUCUGUCUGUUAGUGGUAAAAGCACACCAAUACAACCAGCAACGGCUGAAGCUAAUAUUAAGGUGGAAUUUUUGAAAGUCGAGGAUGUCACCACAGAUGUGGACCAAUCUGAGUCAGAUGAUGAGGAGCUCGAAGUGGCCGAUGCUGAUUACAUGCAUACAAGCCGAAUCUCUGAAUGUGCUUCCAGUCAAAGUAAUUUCAGUCAACUCAGCGAAGACAAUGAACCCUUGGAGCAUAUGCAACGCACUGUCGAUGGAAAUUAUUUUAUGAGCGAAUCCAGUCACUCCCCAACAAUAUCCGCCCAUCCAUCUACCGAUGAUGUCUAUGGAAUACGACUUCCUCGUCGCCAUACAAUGCCUUCGUUACAUUUUUCCGAUUCCAGAGAUAACUUUGAGGCUCACCAGCAGAAUCGAUUCCCCUUGUUGUCGCAUAGUGUUAUGCCAACAAUUGCGCCGACUCCCGCCACCAUGUGGAGUGCAGCUGCCACUUUAAGCAGACCCAACCAUCUCACGUCAGCGCUAUCAUCGACCAACAUAGCCACGGGUAGUAGUGCUGCCGCUGCGCCGGCCACCAGUUUCGUGGGCAUGGACCCAUACGCAUUCGGACUAAUGGAGCAGGAAUAUGCACGCAUUAUGGCCGAAGAGGCGCAUCUCAAAGCCAUCAAUGCGAGAAAGCAGCGUCCAAAGAAAUUUAAGUGUCCACACUGUGAUGUGGCUUUCUCCAACAAUGGACAACUGAAGGGUCAUAUACGUAUACAUACCGGAGAACGUCCCUUUAAAUGUGACGUUGAGUCUUGCGGGAAGACCUUUACGCGCAAUGAAGAGCUAACACGUCACAAACGCAUACAUACUGGACUGCGACCUUAUCCGUGUUCAGCUUGCGGUAAGAAAUUCGGACGUCGCGACCACCUGAAGAAACACAUGAAGACCCAUAUGCCACAGGAACGUCAAAUGGGUCCUGCCAUUUUUGUGCCUAUGUACCCCUACCUCUAUGGAUACUAAGCGACCUCAUUAAUGAAUCGUGUCCUUUUCCAAAUGUCCGAAUACUCGAAACAAAACGUGGAAAUCAAUAUAUCCUUUCUAACGGACCUAUACCUACAUCACUAUCUCGCGUCUUCCCGAACACCUAAAUAUGAAUUUAUUACUGGAUCGCGAAUUUACCGGAAUACCCGAAUAUAAACAAAACCUGAAAUCCAAUACAACCCCUACCUCAACUGAGAGACCUCUUUACUUGAUAGCAAAUAUUUCCGAUUAACCAACAAUUACAACUUUUUACAAUCAUAUACUCUAUAUUGUACCUGAAUUCUGGAUGCAAUAUUAAAAAGAUACACAUCACAUAUAGAAAUAACAAGGAAUAUAGUAGAGAAAGCAGUCAGGACACUGCAUUUCAUCUAACUCACUUGACGUGAGAAGGACGAGAGGAGUGCAGCCAGGAACUUGCGACUCAUCGUAUUCACUUGACGUGAACAGAGCCCAACACGAGAAUUUAUUAAUAUUUACAAAAAUAGAAACAAAUUCGUUUUUAUAUCGAAUAUUUCAUAUAUACAUACACGUGUAUAUAUUUAAUAUAUAUAUAUUUACUUAAAAAGGACCUAACUAGAGAAACUAUAUAUGUACAAAAGUUAAAAAAUGAAUAUAUAUAUAUAUAUAUUUAUAUAUAUAUUACAUAUAUAUUUAUGUAUAUGUAUAUAAUAUUUAUUUUAUAUAUAUUUAGCGUUGUCAAUGUCAAUAGCAUAAACAAAGCGCAGGUUAUUGUUUACGCAUCCUAUACAAAUAUACAUCAACACAUAUUUAUCUCAUAAAUACACAUAUACCCACAUAUAUAAAUUCAGAUAAAAGGAUACCACAUAAACCUCAAAUAGUAAAGUAGAUAUAAAUAUACAUUCGUUUCAAAAUCGGGCGAAGGAAAACGGAAACGGUUCGAUUCAAAUUCAAAUACUCGGUAACUCUAACAAUCAUAUUAAUAUUAUUUUUAUACCUUAGAUAAAUUUUAAUUAGGUAUACAGGCUAAAUAUAUGUAAGGCAAUAUAGGAUAGUAGAUAUAUAAUAUUUUAUAUAACGUGAAUAUAAACAUAAAUAUGUGUAAGAUUUAGGAGAUAAUUAUGUAAUUUAAAUUAAAAGAUAUUUAAGUUUAAGCAAGUAUUUUUCAAUUUGAAAUGUUAAAUAUGAAAAGAUUAAGUGCAGAAAAUACAAAAUUAAACAAAUAUUUCGUUUAAAAUUGAUUUCCUUUUUUUAUUUGACUAAGAGAGUUAUGGUUCUGAGGAAGCUGAAAGAAACAUGAAACCAUUAGAUCUAAUUUCGUGAAUCGGCAAAAAAAAAAUAAAAAUUUUUUCC